AUGGCCAUUGAUUAUUCUAAGUGGGAUAAGAUUGAGUUAUCAGACGACUCUGAUGUCGAAGUGCAUCCUAAUGUGGACAAGAAAUCGUUCAUUAAGUGGAAACAGCAAAGUAUUCAUGAGCAACGAUUCAAAAGAAGCCAAGAUAUCAAAAACUUAGAGACACAAGUAGAUAUGUAUUCUCAUUUGAAUAAGAGGGUGGAUAAAAUUCUGAGUACCUUAUCUGAAGAAGAUUUUGUUGACUCAUCGGCUAUUACCAAGUUCUUGAAUGCGAAUUUUGAUAAGUUGGAGAAAAGUAAAGGUGAAAAUGUCGAUCCUGAUAUUUCAACGUACAAUGAAAUGGUUGAAGAUCUUUUUGAACAAUUGGCUAAAGACUUGGGCAAAGAGGGCAAGGACUUUAAAAAUCCACGUCUUUUAAGGGAUGCUAUUCUCAAACAUAGAACUAAAAUUGAUUCAGUAACAGUAGAAGCCAAGAAGAAGUUGAAUGAAUUAUAUAAGGAGAAGAACGCUCAUAUUUCGUCCGACGAUAUACAUACUGGGUUUGAUAGUAGUUUCAUGAAUAAACAAAAGGAAGAGGCUAAGAAGUUGGAAUCAACUUCUUCUGAGGCUCGUGCGGUUUCUACAGAUUCUACGAUCAUCAAUAAAUUGGCCAAAUCAUCAACUCCACAAAAUUUUAUUGAAUUCAAAGAUGACCCAAUGACAUUGGCCAAGGAAACUGAAGAGUUUGGUAAGAUCUCCGUCAAUGAUUAUUCCAAAUCUCAGAAAUUUUUAUUGGAGCAUUUACCUAUCAUUUCAGAACAGCAAAAGGAUGCUUUAAUGAUGAAGGCUUUCGAGUAUCAAUUGCAUGGUGAUGAUGAAAUGACUUUACAGGUUAUUCAUCAAUCCGAACUAAUGGCAUAUAUCAGAGAGAUCUACGACCUGAAAAAAAUUCCAUUCUUGAAUCCAAUGGAAUUAUCAAAUGUUAUCAAGAUGUUCUUCGAGAAGGUCAUUUUCAAUAAGAAUAAGCCAGUGGGUAAAGAGUCUUUUUUGAAGUCGGUUCGAGAAAAGUUUUUACAUGUCCAAAAACGUUCGAAAAUUUUGCAACAAGAAGAAAUGGAUGAAGCUAAUGUAGAAGGAGUGGAGACAAUACAAUUAAAAUCACUAGAUGAUUCUACAGAAUUAGAAGUGAACUUGCCAGAUUUCAAUUCUAGAGAUCCAGAAGAGGUGGAAAAAGUUAAAAUUUUCAGAACUUUAAUACCAGAAAAAAUGCAAGAAGCUAUAAUGACGAAAAACUUGGGUAAUAUCAAUAAGGUAUUUGAAGAUAUACCAAUUGAAGAGGCAGAGAAAAUUUUGGAAGUGUUCAACGAUAUUGAUAUCAUUGGAAUCAAAGCCAUUCUGGAAAACGAAAAAGAUUUCCAAAGUUUGAAAGAUCAAUACGAGCAGGGGAACGAAGAUGCCACUAUGGGAAGUUUAACCUUGAGUGAUAAUGAGAAUGGGGGAAAAGAGCAUGAAGAGGUCAAAAAUACUGCCGAAACAGUUGACUAG